AUAUCACUAUAUUUUCUUCUCUUAUCCAUCAAAUUUGGCUCAUGGGAACUCAUGAAAAUGAGGAAUCUUCAUACACAAAAUAUGAUUGCUUCAAAAAUUUCAUUGAUACAUGAGAAAAAGGUCAAAUUUGAAAAAUGGCAGCAAGAGUGGGGAUGAGAAGAUUGGAAGAUACAUUCAUCCCCUUAUUAAGAAAAUGCAACACCACGAACUUCUUGAAGAGAAUACAUGCCCAAAUGGAGAAGCUCUCACUGCUGCAAAGCAAUUUCUUGGUCACAAAAAUGCUGGAGAUUUGCGAUCAAAGCGGCGAGAUCGACUACGCAAACUCGCUCUUCACAAGAGUCGAUGACCCAAAUAUCUUCUUGUACAACACGAUGAUCAGAGCCUAUACACGCAAUCACAUGUAUCUAUCGAGCAUCACCUUGUACCAGUCGAUGCUGCGACAGCUCGAAAUUUCUCCCGAUAGAUUCACGUACCCAUUUGUAAUUAGGUCAAUCGGAGGGAUCCCGGAUGUUUAUUUGGGGAAACAGAUUCAUGGGCACGUCUCCAAAUUCGGGUUGAUCGAUAACAGUAUCGUGAAAAAUUCAGUCUUGGAUAUGUAUGUGAAGUGUGAUGCAAUGGCGGAGGCGCACAAGGUGUUCGACGAAAUGUCUGAGAGAGAUGUGGUUUCUUGGAACAGCCUCAUCUCUGGUUAUAUGAGGCUGGGCCAGGUUAGGAAGGCUCGAGCCAUGUUUGAUGAGAUGCAGAGCAAGAGCAUUGUCUCUUGGACCGCGAUGAUAUCGGGCUACACGAGAAACGGGCGUUUUGGGGAGGCGUUGGAGGUGUUCCGAGCAAUGCAGGUGGCCGGGGUGCGGCCGGAUUGGGUGAGCUUGGUCGCGGCCUUGCCCGCUUGCGCGCAGCUGGGAGCUCUCGAGCUCGGGAGGUGGAUCCAUUUCUACGCGGAGAGGGAAGGGUUCUUGAACCGGAUCAUCGUGUGCAACGCGUUGAUCGAGAUGUACACGAAGUGCGGAGGCGUGGGGCACGCGCUGCAGCUGUUCGGCGCGAUGGUGGAGCGCGACGUGGUGUCGUGGAGCACCGUGAUCGCCGGUUUGGCGAAUCACGGGAGAGCUCGUGAGGCGAUCGAGUUGUUUGAUGAGAUGCAAAGUGUGGAUGUUAAGCCUAAUGAGAUCACAUUUGUGGGGUUGUUAUCUGCCUGCAGCCACGCGGGCUUGGUGGAAGAGGGGCUGAGGUACUUCCACUCGAUGCGGAGCGUCUACGGCGUGGAGCCCGGGGUCGAGCACUACGGGUGCGUGGUGGAUCUCCUCGGGCGGACGGGGCACGUGGAUCGGGCGGUGGAGCUCAUCGCAGGGAUGAGGAUGAGGCCGGACUCGGCGAUUUGGGGCUCGUUGCUGAGCGCCUGCCGAAGCCACCGUGACCUCGAGACGGGUGUCGUUGCGGCGGAGAGGCUCCUUGAGCUCGAGCCGGGGGACACGGGGAACCUCGUGCUGCUCGCGAAUAUAUACGCGGAUCUCGGGAAGUGGGGGGAGGUUUCGAGGACGAGGAGGGCGAUGAGGAGGACGGGGACGAGGAAGACGCCCGGGUGCAGCCUCAUCGAGGUCGACAGCGUCGUGGAGGAGUUCGUGGCCGGGGACGAGUCGAAGGCGGUCUCCGGGGAGGUGUUUUGGGUGCUGGGUGUGCUUGCUUUGCAUCAAAGGAAAGACUUGUUGGAUGAUGUGAUUUUGUUAGAAGAUUAGGUGGGAACAAGGAAGGUUGUGUAGGAUUAUAGUGUAGUUUGUAAGAAUUCAAGAUGAAAGGUGCAAAUGUAAGAUUCUUUAGUUUGUUUCCUUCCC